CUUUAGCUUUUCAAUAAUUGAUGCCCUGCUGAGAUAAUCCAGUUUUGCUACCUCAAAUUCAACUUCUCAAUAUUUGAAAUUGAUCAGAGAGAUUGAGAGAGCAAUUUCAUUACUAAACGAUUGAAUCCUGCAGCAAAUCUCACUUUGUAAAGCCAUGGAAGGAGUGUCUUCAGCAGCCAUCGAAGUUCUUAUCCAAAACCUGAUCAACGUUUUUAAGGAUGAGUACUCUCUACUUCGAGGUCUCGAUGAAGAUGCCCAGCAGCUGCAGAGGACUCUGGGGAUGAUUCAAGCCUACUUGAAUGACGCUGAGAAGAAAUCAUCACCCAAGAUGCUGUCAAGAUCUGGCUGAGGGAGCUUGAAGCUGUGGCUUUCGAUGCCGACAAUGUCUUGGAUGAACUCAGCUAUCAUCUUCUCCACAAAAAAGCACACAAGAUGAAAUCAUCCAAGGAUAAGGUACUCUCAUGCUUCUCAUCCUUUAAUGGUAUUUCACAUCGGCGUAAUAUGGCUCACACAAUCAAACAAAUCAAUGCUACUUUUGAGUGUAUGAACAAAAGGGCAACAGAUCUUGGCCUUCAAAGCAUGGUUGUGAAUGCACCUGCUAUUGCUCAUACUUCCAUCGAGACAGAUUCGUUCAGUCUUGAUCCAAUCUUUAUUGGAAGAGAUGAUGAUGUUCCUAAACUAGUUGACAUGCUCACUCAGACCCAACCAGUGGAAGAGAAACGGGUGUUCUCCAUUGUUGCUCUAGUGGGAAUGGGGGGUAUGGGGAAAACUACGUUGACUAGAAAAAUCUUUAAUUAUGAAAGGGUAAAGGCUCGAUUCGGAUCACGAAUUUGGGUUCAUGUUUCUCAGACUUUUGAUGCAAUUAGUCUUUUCAACAAAAUACUCUACAAGGUGACUAACAAGGCUAGUGAUGGAGUUGAGAGCAGAGAUAAUAUCCUAGAAAAGCUUCAAGAAGCUCUAAAGGGUAAAACUUAUCUCCUUGUUCUUGAUGAUGUAUGGAAUGAUGAUGUUUCAAAAUGGGAAGGCUUUAUAAACUCCAUAUUGGGAGUUACUUCCACUAACGGAAAUGGCAUUAUCAUCACCACCAGGAGUGAAAAAGUUGCUUCUAUUGUUAACCCAUUUCAUAUUCAUCAUUUGAAUGGCUUAACAGAUGAAGAUUGUUGGUCCAUAAUCAAGGCCAAAACCUUUCAUAAAAAUGGUGAAGUUCCAUCAGGAUUUGAGAUGAUUGGAAGAAAGAUUGCAAAAAGAUGUCAAGGUUUGCCGUUAGCUGCCAAUAUAGUCGGGGGAGUGCUUCGUGGUAAGUCCGAAGAAGAGUGGCGCUCCAUCAAUAAAAAUUGGCUUUCAGAUGCUGAAGGAGGUGAAAAUAUCUCAAAUAUAUUGAAAUUGAGCUUUGAUCACCUGUCCUCACCGUCGCUCAAGAAGUGCUUCACGUUUUGUUCGGUUUUCCCCAAAGGUUUGGAAAUCUAUAAGGAAGAGUUGAUUGAACUAUGGAUGGCAGAAGGGUUUGUUCAACCUACCCGAAGAGAUGACAUGGAGUCUAUGGGUAACAUGUUUUUUAAUGUGCUUCUACAAAACUCUUUGUUGCAAGUUUUACUGAGAGAUGAUUAUGGAGAUGUUAGGACAUGUGUGAUGCAUGAUCUUGUGCAUGAUCUUGCAUCUUCAGUCUCAUCCAAUAUUGCAGAUGACAGUACCAUAGUUCGGUACAUGUUUCUCAAAGAAGAAUCCAUUUCUAUUCCAAAAAAAGUUGCCAGACAUUUGCGUACAUUAUUCUUGGAAGGUGGAACUUCUGGUACUAUAUUCUCAAACUUUGAAUGUCUGCAUAAUCUGACUCUUUCUGGUGAUUAUAAAGAGUUUCCCUAUUCAAUUAGCGAGUUGGUGCAUUUGAGAAAUCUGAAUAUUUAUGAUACAACAAUUGUAAACUUGCCGAAAUGGAUUGGUGAACUCCACCACUUGCAAACAUUAAGAGCAUGCUUGGUGUUUGAGAAUCUGCCAACUACGUUGAAGUAUAUGUUUAACUUAAGACAUCUUUAUAUCAGUUAUAAUACAAAGUUGCCGGCAGAGAUUGGGAGAUUAACUAGACUCCAAACACUGCCUUACUUCACAGUAGGCAAAGAGAAGGGCUUCCAUAUUGAAGAGCUCGGAUGUUUGAAGAAUCUCAAGGGAUCACUACUGAUUAGUAAUCUGCAAAAUGUGCGUGAUAAGGAAGAGGCUCUGAAAGCAGAUAUAUUUCAGAAACCAAACUUAUUUGAUUUGGCGUUUACAUGGAGUGAUGGUAGAAAAGAUGAAACAAAUGAUGAGAGUGUAUUGGAAGGCCUCCAACCUCAUUCAAAUCUGAAAAAGUUGAUGAUUUCAGGAUUCAAAGGCAAAAGGUUUCCAACAUGGACUGAGAAGAUGGCAAUACGUGAUGGGCCUCAAGGAUCUUGGGUACCACUUGAUAACUUGAUUGAAAUAAAACUCUUUGGGUGUUCGGAAAUUGUGGAAAUCCCAACGCUGGAGCACUUGCCUAAUCUUAAGUCUCUUUCUUUGAAUGGAUUGAAGAAGGUGAGGCUCAUAAAUGCUUCGUUCAAUCAUUUAACAUCACUCGAAAUAGAAGAGUUAGAUCGAUUGGAUUGUCUGCCAGAAUGGAUAUUCUAUAAAAAUCAGGAUCUCCAAUAUUUGAAUAUAUCAAAUUGUCUUGUGUUGAGAGAAUUACCAGAUGGCUUGGACACCCUCAAUUCUCUGAUGGCGUUGGAUAUUCGGGAUUGUGAAAAUCUGAUGUCGAUUGGGAAUCCAAGUGGCGGAGCAAGACAAUCACAGGGGAUCCUCUGUUGGCUGAGUAUUGCAGAGUGCGGAGAGCUGAUGGAAUUUCCAUGUCAAAUGCUAGAGUCGUGGGCCCCUACAGUUGAGCUUCUUCGAUUGGAGGGAUUAAGGAGGCUAAAGAAUCUACCAAUGCUAAUUGACUGCCUCGCUAAAUCAUCUCUUCGCCUCGAAGAAUUGACAAUCAAAGGUGUUCCUAAAUUGAUGGCUGCUAGUAUUGGUAGUGGUAGUGUUGAGAGUUGGGAUCUUAGCAGCUUGAAAUGUUUAAGCAUAGAUGUGAGUGUGGAAUGGUCAAGAGAGGAUAGUGUUGGCAUUGCAGAGACUGUGGAAUGGAUGCUGCGAGGAUGCUGCAACUCACUUGAUUACUUAUAUUUGAGUGGUUGCCCCAAUCAUUGGGAGUGGUUGCCCCAAUCAAUUCAAAAUCUCACUGUUCUUGUUGAGUUAAAGUUGGAGAAUAUAGGAGUAGAAGAAUUGCCCCAAUGGUUGGGGAACCUCUCAUCUCUAAAAAAGUUAUAUCUACUUAGUUGCAACAAGUUGAAGCGUCUUCCCUCUGUGGAUGCAUUGAAGCACCUCACCAAAUUAGAAGAGCUAUAUAUUAAAGAUUGCCCGGAACUACAGAUUGAUUCAGAGUGGCGCGACCACCAUGGCCAUCUGAAAAUCAAUGUUUGAAUUUUGUUGCUAGUAUAGUUUAUGUGAACUCAGGAGUAAGACAGAUGGGGUCGUCAUUGUCAUCUGUAUCAUUGAGGUCUGAAAUCUUCUACUAAAUACUAAUGUUACCCAGCUCUGCUGGUUUGUGUUGUGCACCUUUUUCUUCACUGUUUUCUUUCAUAAAACUUUGAUAAUAUUGAGUAUUUAUUUUACUUUGAUUUGUGGAUCCAUUGGAAUACUUACUGUCAAAUUAAUAUGCAAUUGUAGUACUUUAAAUUCCUGUCGGAAUCAAACACAUGACUACAUUGGAGGAGUAAUAUUGCAUGAUGAAUUUAAUCAUUUUAUUUGCAAGCAAUUGUGAUAAAGAGACAUCAACAUAGUUUUCUUGAUUUAUUUUAGCACAUAGAGGAGAUAGGGAUGAAGGUUGAUUAUGAUUGAAGGAACAACAAAUAGUGUUGGAAAUGAGGAGAAUGCUAUAGAACUAUUCUUCAUCUCUAUUAUGACUAUCUCACUCACACUGAAUUGAAGCGUCUGCCCUCUGUGGAUGCAUUGAAACACCUCACUAAAUUACGUACGUUAGAUAUUAUUGAUUGCCCUAUGAGUUGUAAAAUUUUUAAGAUAGAACCAAUCUUAGAUGACUCAAUUUAGAAAUAUUGAUAUAAUAUGAUUUUGGUUGUUAUAGGUACAGUUUGCGUAAAUUUCACGGUUACAAAGAUGUUUCUAUAAAUUUGUUUCUUUGUGCUGUGCACCUUUUUCUUCAUUGCUAAUAUAUGAGAAUCAUAGAGAAUUAUAAAUGAGCCAUACUAAAUCUACAUGAUGUAACUCAUCCUCCUGUGUUUUCUUUCACUUGUAUCCCUAAUGAAGACAGGUCUUACAUUUAUGACUAUGAAAAUCGAAUAAUAGAUUCCGAUUCAUCAUCUAUAUAUCUCUGUUUUCGGGUUGUGAUAGCGAUAUGUCUGCUCGGACAAUUAGGCGUUUAGCACUUUGAUCAGAUGCUGCUUAGUUGAAAAUCAGUGGAUCUUUAAACGGGGUUUGCCAUCCUGUGCGUGCAGCCUAUCAUCCUCGUCUUUGCGAUCACUAUUCCAAUUUCAACAGCCCAGAGAAGAAGACCAUGAGUAUCCUAGUGUUGGAUAUUCCCCAUAAAUUUUAACAAUCAUAUGCACCGGUAUGUAUCUCCACCCUCCAUCCACUCUGCUUCGUCUUUCAGCAUCUCGUUUCUGUGGGAAAACAGUAUGCAGCAGCAACUACUCCACUUGACAGACUUGCAGUUGGUCCUUCACUUUCUUGGUUUCAGGGCUUCAUCGUGUUUCCCUCUGCCAUGGAAGAAACAAGAUCCUCGCGCGAUUGAGAUCUCCUGCUCUGGAGACGCGUUUGGCUUCUGCUCUGGAGAUGUCGUAUUUCAUCUGCCGUGUCCGCCAACUGUGAUUCAUUUCUUCAAAUAUCUAAGUAGUGUCUUUGAUCAAAAAAUACAAUUCAAACAUUUAAACUCAAUAUCUAAAUAUAGAAGUUUAACACUCAAAUAAGAACUUUUACACUCUUUCAAUAAUAAUUAGUACCAUAUACCACAACAUAUCAUCCAAACUAGAUUAGCCUACACCUUCUUUGGUAAAAGUUUCGUAACCAAAUCAAAUAGAACACCAUCAUUGUCUUUUUUCUUAGUGUGGCUUAACCAUGAAGUAAUCUUCGUAGUAAAUUUUGAACAAUUUCCAGAACAGACGAGGCGGAUAAGUGAAGCCUCAGUCGAUUGUGAUGCUGCUUUCACAGUUUGAUCAUACGGAGCAAGGAGAUGCACUAUUUGGAUUACUACAAUCAUGGUUGGCUGUGAUGGAUAUUUUGGGUAUGAUUACGACGGGAGAAUGCUUUGUUCAACAAGUAAAGUAACACAGUUUCCGUGGAGUAGAUUUCUAUGUAAACUGGCUAAUUUUUCUUUGUUUUACCUGUUGGACCGGGUCUGCUUCGGUUGAAAUGUAUAAAUAGCUUUUAUCUUA